GGACGCAGGAGGAGGUGCACGGGGCAGCUUCACCCCUCCUUUCUCUCCACCCCAAAGGGAGGAAUUUCUGGGAUGGGCAGAUGGCCCAGCCCCUCUUCCUCCUCCUUCUCCAAGUGCGAAUGGGUAGGGCAGGGAAAACCUCCGCGACUCGAGUCUCUCAGUCCAGAGCCCAGUGUGCCCACACACUGUGGCGAUAGGAGUGCCUCGGGGGCUCAGGGGCGGUGAGGCCCCCAGGAGGGCUGGGUCGCCGAGGGGACUGCGGACUCGCCUCCCGCUGGGCAGUGCUGGGCGCUCGGGUUGCGGCGCGGGCACCCGCCUGCAUGACCAGGGACACCCAAGGCGCCCAGUGGUUAGCGAUGCUGCCGCCUCUGCUGCUGCUGCUGCUGCUCUGGGCGCCCCCGGGCUGCGCCGAGGGCUCAGCGAAGGCGCUGAGCCCUGAACGGGUCCUCGAGUGGCAGGAUCAAGGAAUAUUCAUUAUCCAAAGUGAGAACCUCAAGAAAUGCAUCCAAGCAGGCAAAUCUGUAUUGACCCUGGAGAACUGCAAGCCACCCAACAAGCAUAUGCUGUGGAAAUGGGUUUCAAACCACCGCCUCUUUAACAUAGGAGGCAGCGGAUGCCUGGGCCUGAAUUUAUCUAAUCCGGAGCAGCCAUUAGGUUUAUAUGAGUGCGACUCCACCCAUGUUUCCCUGAAGUGGCGCUGUAACAGGAAGAUGAUCACAGGCCCACUCCAGUACAUGGUCCAGGUGAAACAUGAUAACACACUCGUGGCCUCAUGGAAAUACCUUCAUAAGUGGAUUUCUUACAUGUCAGAUGAUGGAGGCAUUUGUGGAUAUCUGCACAAAGAUUUGUACACAAUCAAAGGGAAUGCCCACGGGACCCCGUGCAUGUUCCCCUUCCAGUAUAACCAGCAGUGGCAUCACGAGUGCACUCGGGAAGGGCGGGAAGACCACUUGCUCUGGUGCGCCACCACAAGCCGAUAUGAGAGAGACGAGAAGUGGGGCUUUUGCCCAGAUCCCACAUCUGCAGAGGUGGGUUGUGAUGCUGUAUGGGAGAAGGACCUCAACACACACAUUUGCUACCAAUUCAACCUACUUUCAUCUCUGUCCUGGAGUGAGGCACAUUCUUCAUGCCAGAUGCAAGGUGGUGCUUUACUAAGUAUUGCAGAUGAGACUGAAGAAAAUUUCAUAAGGAAGCACUUGAACAGUGAAUCAGUGGAAGUGUGGAUAGGUCUGAAUCAGCUGGAUGAAAAUGCUGGCUGGCAGUGGUCUGAUAGAACACCGCUCAACUAUCUGAACUGGAACCCAGAUAUUAAUUUUGAGCCAUUUGUUGAAUAUCACUGUGGAACAUUUAAUUCAUUUCUGUCAAAUGCCUGGAAAAGUCGGGAUUGUGAUUCCAACUUGCCUUACAUAUGUAAAAAAUACCUAAACCACACAGAUCAGGAAGUGGUUGAAAAAGACGCUUGGAAAUAUUAUGCUACCCACUGUGAACCUGGCUGGAAUCCCCACAACCGUAAUUGCUAUAAACUUCAGAAAGAGGAAAAGACCUGGAAUGAAGCUUUGCAUUCUUGCCAGUCUGAAAACAGUGCAUUAAUAGAAAUAGUUUCCUUAGCAGAAGUGGAGUUUCUUAUAACUCUCCUUGGAAAUGAAAAUGCAUCAGAAACAUGGAUUGGUUUGAGCAGCAGUAAAAUUCCAGUUUCCUUUGAAUGGUCUAAUGGCUCCUCUGUCACCUUUACUAAUUGGCAUACACUUGAGCCCCAAAUUUUUCCAAAUAGAAGCCAGCUAUGUGUCUCAGCAGAGCAAUCUGAGGGUCACUGGAAAGUUAAAGAUUGUCAAGAGAGACUUUAUUACAUUUGCAAGAAAGCAGGCCAUGUCCUUUCUGAUGCUGAAUUAGGCUGUAAGGAGGGAUGGAAGAGACAUGGUGAAUUCUGUUACAAAAUCGACACUGUCCUUCGAAGCUUUGAGCACGCUUCCAGCGGUUAUUACUGUUCUCCUGCACUUGCAACCAUUACAAACAGGUUUGAACAGGCUUUUAUGAUCAGUUUAAUCAGUAGUGUGGUAAAAACGAAGGACAGUUAUUUUUGGAUAGCUCUUCAAGACCAAAACAAUACAGGAGAAUAUACUUGGAAGACAGCAGGGCAGAAGUCUGAGCCGGUGCAGUACACAUACUGGAAUACAUACCAGCCCCGCUACAGUGGUGGCUGUGUUGUUAUGCGAGGAAAGAAUCCGCCUGGUCGCUGGGAAGUGAAGGACUGUAGACACUUUAAGGCAAUGUCCUUGUGCAAGCAGCCAGUUGAAAAUAAGAAGAAAACCGAGCAUGAAGAAAGAUGGCCCUUUCAUCCUUGCUUUUUGGACUGGGAGUCAGAGCCUGGCCUGGCCAGUUGUUUCAAGGUAUUUCAUAGUGAAAAAGUCCUGAUGAAAAGAACAUGGAGAGAAGCUGAAGCAUUUUGUGAAGAAUUUGGAGCACAUCUUGCAAGCUUUGCCCAUAUUGAGGAAGAGAAUUUUGUGAAUAAGCUUUUAUAUUCAAAAUUUAAUUGGACAGAAGAAAGGCAAUUCUGGAUUGGAUUUAAUAAAAGAAACCCAUUGAAUGUGGGCUCUUGGGAGUGGUCAGAUAGAACCCCUGUUAUCUCUUCAUUUUUAGACAACACUUAUUUUGGAGAAGAUGCAAGAAAUUGUGCUGUUUAUAAGGCAAAUAAAACACUGUUGCCUUUACACUGUGGUUCCAAACGUGAAUGGAUAUGCAAAAUACCAAGAGAUGUGAGACUCAAGAUUCCAUCCUGGUACAAGUAUGAUGCACCCUGGCUCUUCUACCAGGAUGCAGAGUACCUUUUUCAUAUCCAUGCUGCGGAAUGGUCCUCCUUUGAGUUUGUUUGUGGCUGGCUAGGCAGUGACCUUCUUACAAUUCAUUCUGCACAUGAGCAAGAAUUCAUCCACAGCAAAAUAAAAGUGCUCUCAGAGUAUGGAGUAAAUUGGUGGAUUGGACUUCAAGAAGAAAGAGCCAAUGAUGAAUUUCGUUGGAAAGACGGAUCACCGAUAAUAUACCAGAACUGGGACAAAGGAAGAGAAGGAUCUAUGCAUAAUCAGAGCCAGAGAUGUGGCUUCAUUUCAUCCAUAACAGGACUCUGGGCUAGUGAAGAGUGUUCAGUUUCGAUGCCUAGCAUCUGUAAGCGAAAGAAAUUUUGGGUCAUAGAGAAAAAGAAGACUACACCAAAACAACAUGGAACAUGUCCCAAAGGAUGGCUGUAUUUUAACUAUAAGUGUUUUUUGGUGAAAAUACCCAAAGACCCAAGAGAGUGGAAGAACUGGACAUCUGCUGGAGAUUUCUGUAUUGAACAAAAGGGGUCACUGGUUGCCAUUGAAAAUGAGGUGGAACAAGCUUUCAUUACUAUGAAUCUUUUUGGCCAGAACACUAAUGUGUGGAUAGGAUUACAAAAUGAUGAUUAUGAAAAGUGGCUAAAUGGAAAGCCUGUGUUGUAUUCUAACUGGUCUCCAUUUGAUAUAAUAAAUAUUCCAAGUCAUAAUGCCACUGAAAUUCAAAAACGCAUUCCUCUCUGUGCCUUACUCUCCAGUAAUCCUAAUUUUCAUUUCACUGGAAAAUGGUAUUUUGAAGACUGUGGAAAAGGUUAUGGGUUUGUUUGUGAAAAAAUGCAGGAUACUUCUGGAUAUGGUGUAAAUACAUCUGAUAUGUAUCCAAUCCCUAAUACCUUGGAAUAUGGAAACAGGACUUAUAAAAUAAUUAAUGCAAAUAUGACGUGGUAUACAGCAAUUAAAACCUGCCUGGUACAUGGGGCAGAACUGGUCAGCAUUACAGAUCAGUAUCAGCAGUCCUUCCUUACCGUUAUCCUCAACCGGCUAGGACAUGCUCACUGGAUUGGACUGUUCACUGAAGAUAAUGGUAUUAAUUUCGAUUGGUCAGAUGGGACCAAAUCCUCCUUCACUUUUUGGAAAGAAGAUGAGUCACCUUCCCUCGGUGACUGUGUUUUUGCUGACACCAAUGGACGUUGGAGCGGCACAAACUGCGAGUCAUUUCUGCAAGGAGCAAUUUGUCUUGUGCCCACCGAAACAAGAUCACUUGGACUCCCAGAGAUGUGCUCAGAAACAUCUGUUCCCUGGAUAAAAUUCAAAAGUAUUUGCUACAGUUUUUCUACAGUGCUAAACAGUACAAGUUUUGAGGCUGCUCACGAAUUUUGCAAAAAAGAAGGAUCUAAUCUUUUAACAAUCAAAGAUGAGGCUGAAAACUCAUUUCUCCUAGAUGAGCUUCUUACUUUUGGUUCUUCUGUCCAGAUGGUGUGGUUGAAUACUCAGUUUGAUGGUGACAAUGAAACCUUAAAGUGGUUUGAUGGAACUCCCACAGACCAGUCAAACUGGGGCAUUCGUAAGCCAGAGCUGGACCACAUAAAACCGAAUCUAUGUGUUGCCAUGAGGAUACCUGAAGGAAUAUGGCAGUUAUCCUCCUGUCAAGAAAAGAUAGGAUUUAUAUGUAAAAUGGAAGCAGGUGUUCACACAGUAAAUGAGCACCUAGGAAAAGAACCAAGUCACAGUAUUGUGCCUCUUGCAGUAGCACUGACAUUGCUAAUAAUUCUGGCAAUUUCCACACUUUCCUUCUUCAUAUACAAGCACAAGAAUGGUGUCUUCAGGAGACUUGCAGAGUUUGGAAAUCCUUACUAUCCUGCAACCAACUUUAGUGCAUCCCAUUUAGAAGAAAAUAUUCUCAUUUCUGAUCUUGAGAAGAAUGAUCAAUAAUAAUGAAGUCAGCAAAUGCCACAAAAGAAGAUAAGGAGAGACUUCUCUGUUUUUCCUUUACAGACCCGAUGCCAUUAUAAUGUGAAAUAUGUCACUAUUUUAAUUAUUCUUAGGGUGAUUUCUGUGUUGAUUUGUAACCAAAUCAAAUGUGUGUUGAUUUAUUCACUUGUGAUUUAGUCUUAAAAGGGAGAAAUUUAAAAAUGGUUAUUCAGAAAACAAGAACUAUUAAAACAAACUUCCUAUUGAAAACUCUCAAACCAAUGUAAAUAAUAGUUUUUCAUUUGAAUGCUUCUAUCAAAAUUUUUUGGGAAUUUUAAACUAACCUUGUACCUUUUCAGACAUUGACCCACUCACAUUCCAUUGAAAUAAAGAUGCAGCAAAACAAAUUGUAAAACCUUACAGUUAUAUAUGAGAGGAAAAGGCUCUGAGAAAUUUCAGGUUUAUUUUUGAUCCAACUAAGUUUAACAGCAGGGCUUGGCAAAUACUCAUUCUAAGCUUAAAAGUCUCAAGUUCUGGAAUCUAAACUAAUAGGGUGAUAUUGGUCUUUAUUAGUUCUGACUUUUCAAAUUAAAGGAAUAAAUUAUCCUCCUUUAAAUAGUAAAGAGCUUGGGCCUCUCUCGUGGCUCAAGGGGUUAAGACACAACUAUGAAGUUAUCCGCAGCCACUGCAGCACCAGUUCGAUUACCUUCCAGCCAGGGAGCAACCCACAUUGCGGCAGCCUCUGCCGCUGAACGCCAGUGAACUUACUGGAAAGAGGGAGGCUUUUACUUAGACACAUAGUACAUUUGAGUAAAUAAGACCCCCUUUUUCUGUGCGCUGGACUGGACAGUUAAUGACGGGUAAGAUCGGGGGCAGACUAAAGAAGGCACUGGCCAGCCUCGUGUCUGUGACUCCUGAUGACCUAAGACAGGCGCAGUCUCCGAGGGGCUUCAUCAUAAAAAUCUUUGGCGUUCAAUUUAGGCAAAUGUCUAAAUGGCUGUAAGCCCAAUCUAGGCAAUAAGCCCGCAGUAAAAAACCCCUCCUUUGCUUGAAAACAAGGCUGCUAAGAACAUCGCCUACAAACAAGCCUGAUGGAAUUACCUACAAAGUAGUUUAACUAUUAACCAGUUAGUCAUUGUUCCUGAAUAAGAAGCAACUUAACAACCUGUCUGUAAUUAUACUAUUUUCUUACCUACCUGACUUUUUCUAUAUAUGUAAAAAAUCAGUUUCAAAAAAUGUAUUGUAACCACAUGUGCUUAACAACUUGUAAAUCAUUAACUAAAAAAUUGUAUUCUAUGCCUAGGUAACAAAAAACAUUGUUAUACUGAAAAAAAAAAUUUUGUGUGACCUAAUGCCUUUUAAAAAUGUAUAAAUAUGCGUAAUGAUUUGAGCAAAUUACAUUCAGAUCUUCACUCUUGAAGUGUGUCUGUCUGUCAUUUAUGCGCCAAAUCCUUGACCAUCCUGCACG